CCUACUAUUUCCUAUUUAAAAAAAAAAAAAGUGUCAGAGAUAACCGCGUAAAAGUAGGGGAAAGCCAAAUCAGAGUUAUUCAUAUGGGCACAUGUAUAUAGAGUACUACUUUCCUGCAUGCUGUUAACUUCGAUCACUGGCUUCUCAAUUUUAAAACAUACAGCGCCUUCUCUUUUCUACUGAGUUUUGACUUCGAUCUGAGCCUCUAACCAUUCCGUUGAAAUUUAAGUGAGAGUCUGGUGUAGCUUUGGACUUUGCAGUGGUGAAAAUGGUUACCAAUGCUACUUCUGCAAGUGUUUGCCCCCCACCCAUGAAACCUACAUCAAAUGGUGUGUUUCAAGGAGAUAACCCUCUUGAUUUUGCACUCCCCAUGGCUAUUUUACAGAUAUGCCUAGUAUUUGUAGUCACAAGAGGAUUGGCAUAUAUUAUAAGGCCUUUGAGGCAGCCAAGAGUCAUUGCAGAGAUUGUGGGAGGAAUAUUACUUGGGCCAUCAGCAUUAGGACGAAAUAAAAGCUAUUUGAAUGCUGUCUUCCCCUCCAAGAGUCUUACAGUACUGGAUACUCUGGCAAACAUUGGCCUUUUGUUCUUUCUAUUCCUGGCAGGCCUAGAGUUAGAUCCGAGAUCUUUGCGUCAAACAGGGAAACAGACCUUUGCCAUUGCUAUUGCUGGAAUAAGUGUACCCUUUGCCUUGGGAAUUGGUUCAUCAUUUGUUCUUAAAGAAACAAUUGCCAAAGGUGUAAAUGGUACUGCAUUUCUUGUCUUUAUGGGUGUUGCUCUAUCCAUAACUGCUUUCCCUGUGUUGGCUCGUAUUUUGGCUGAGUUGAAACUUCUAACUACCAAUGUUGGUAGAAUGGCUAUGUCUGCCGCAGCAGUAAAUGAUAUUGCUGCUUGGAUUCUGCUUGCACUUGCUGUUGCCUUGUCAGGCGAUAGCGAGUCUCCACUAGUGUCAUUGUGGGUCUUCUUAUGUGGAUGUGGUUUUGUUCUUUGUUCAAUCAUCAUUGUCCCUCCAAUUUUCAAAAGGAUUACACAACGAUGUAAUGAAGGCGAGCCGGUGGAUGAGAUAUAUAUAUGUGCUACAUUAGUUGUUGUUUUGGCUGCGGGUUUUGUUACAGAUGCUAUUGGAAUCCAUGCCAUGUUUGGUGCAUUUGUUGUUGGUGUGUUGAUUCCAAAAGAUGGACCAUUUACCAGGGCUCUUGUGGAGAAAGUAGAGGAUCUUGUUUCGGGCAUUUUCCUCCCACUCUAUUUUGUGUCAAGUGGAUUGAAGACCAACAUAUUCGCCAUUCACGGCCUGCAGUCAUGGGGUAUUCUGGCCUUAGUUAUUUUCACUGCUUGUUUUGGGAAGAUUGUUGGAACCGUUGUUGUAUCACUUUUCUGUAAAGUACCCUUGAAGGAGGCUUUAGCUCUGGGAUUCCUAAUGAACAGUAAGGGCUUGGUUGAAUUGAUUGUUCUCAACAUUGGCAAAGAUAGGAAGGUUUUAAAUGAUCAAACCUUUGCCAUUAUGGUUCUUAUGGCAGUAUUUACCACAUUCAUUACCACUCCUCUUGUCAUGGCUGUGUAUAAGCCUGCAAGAAGGGCGAAAAUAGAUGAUUACAAAUACAAAACAAUAGCAAGGAAGAACACAAACAGCCAAUUGAGGAUUCUUUGCUGUUUCCAUAAUGCAAGAAAUAUUCCAUCAAUGAUAAACUUGAUUGAAGCCUCAAGAGGAAUCCAGAAGUCCGGUGGAAUUUGUGUGUAUACAAUGCACCUCAGAGAAUUUUCUGAGAGGUCAUCAACAAUCUUAAUGGUACAUAAGGCAAGGAAAAAUGGGUUGCCAUUCUGGAAUAAGGAUCGUCCCUCUGAUGCUGAUCAUUUAAUUGUGGCAUUUGAGGCAUACCAUCAACUGAGUCAAGUGUCUGUCAAACCAAUGACCGAAAUCUCAUCUAUGGCAGACAUGCACGUAGACAUUUGUGCAACUGCUGGGGGAAAGAAAGCUGCAGUAAUCAUUCUUCCGUUUCAUAAGCACCAAAGAUUGGAUGGCUCAUUAGAGACAACAAGAAGUGAUUUUAAAUAUGUUAACAGAAGGGUCCUUGAGAAUGCUCCAUGCUCAGUUGGAAUUCUCGUUGAUCGUGGCCUUGGUGGUACAUCCCAUAUAUCUGCAAGCAAUGUUUCUUAUUCCAUUACAGUGCUUUUCUUUGGUGGAAGUGAUGAUCGCGAGGCCCUUGCUUAUGGUGCUCGAAUGGCCGAGCACCCUGGCAUAAGAUUGGUGGUUCUUCGCUUUGUCGUAGAACCAAGUACCACAGGAGAUAUCGUUAGAGUGGACGUGGGAGAAUCCUCUUCCAGCUCCAAAUUAGUCUCAGAGGAUGAGGAGUUCCUUAAUGAAUUCAAGGCAAAAGUAGCUAACGAUGAUUCUGUGACAUAUGAAGAGAAAGCAGUAAAGGAUGCAGCAGGAACAGUUGCUGUGAUCUGUGAGUUCACUCAUUGCAAUCUGGUUCUUGUGGGUCGAAGUCCACAAGGUGAAGUGGCAUAUGCUCUCAAGAGAAAUGAAUACCCGGAACUUGGACCAAUUGGUUCUUUGCUGGUAUCUCAAGAUUGCCCAACAAUAGCAUCCGUCUUGGUGAUGCAGCAGUAUCAGCAUCAAUAGUUUUGUUAAGGUUGUGUUAACAAGUGAUUUGGUCACUUUUAAAUCAUUUUUGGUUUUUAACUUGUCAAUUGUUUAGAUGUAUAUAUCUGAAAGGCUAAGAUAAUAAUUUCUAAGUCAAUAAAUAGCAUUUAGACAAAUUUUCUUCUCACUUACGAUGAUUGAACAUGAAUUCAUCAGAGAUUACAUCGCACUUGUAAGCUUUGCAGUUAAUUUACCGGAAUUUUCUAACCAGUCUCUUGUAAAUCUUUAAUUGUAUGACUUUUAUGUACUUGGAACAAAUUUAUUAUUCUAUAAGUAAGGAUUUUUCUAA